AUGAAGAAGGUUGAAACGCUUCUAAACGGCGACGUUCUGAUCGAAAUUCUGUCGCGCAUUCCGGCGAAGGAGCUGGUGAGUCUGAAGCGCGUGUGCCGGGAGUGGCGGCGCGUGAUUUCGAGUCGCUCCUUCGCGAAGGUUCACGUGGGAAGAGCCAGCGGCGGCGAGGUGGCGGCGCUGACGGGGUUCGUUUUCCAGGAGAGGUUCGUGUGGUGCAGUGACGACAUCAGGACCGUUAGUUACAUCCCAUUGGCGACACGUGGGGUGCACCACAGCGUGCUCGAUUUUCUCCCGGAAGACGUCGUCGUUUUGGCCUCGUGCAGAGGCUCUUACCCUUGCGAAAGCCCUGUGGUGUAUGUGUGCAACCCUUGUAAUAGGGAUUGGGUUAAGUUGGAUUGGCCUUGGCAUGUUUCUCAGUUUGGAAGAAGUAAUAACAGAACCAUUGCAUUGGCAUUGGCUUUUGAAAUCCACCCUUCUAAGGGUUUCAUUGACACAUUCAAGUUGGUGAGAGUUGAGAAAGUUGAAGAAGGAGAACGUUACUUCAAAUUUGAAUUGUACGAGAAAGGAUCGUGGAGGGAAUCAAGUGAAAUAUGCAAUUGCUACAACAAUUUGGUGAAGAAUGAGGGUAUAUACAUAAGGGGUGUCUUGCAUUGGCUCACUGAUGGUGACCGUGUUCUCACUUUUGACGUUGAGAAGGAGUUGGCCUGGCUUGUGCCGGUGCCGGUGCCCGCGGCGGAGUUCACGGCGGUUCCUGAGGCCUGCAUUGGGGAAUCUGAAGGGAGGUUGCACUAUGUGGUGGUGUCGGAGCAGGGGUUUCAUGUGUGGUGGCUUGAGGAUUACUAUGAGGUUAAUUGGAGGCUUGUGUAUUCCAAGUGUCUUGAGGAGAUUGAAGGGGAGUGGCCUCAGUUCUUUAUGAAUCUCAGGAACCGUGUGUUGGAGAGGGUCAAUGGGCCGUGGGUCAAUCCUCUGGCCUUCAAAGAUGGAUUCUUGCUCAUGAAGGUGUGUGUGAGUUUGUACUUGUAUGAUGUUAACAACAACAAGAUGGUUCAAGCUUGCUCCAUUAAGGAUUUGAGGUCACUCUGCAUGUUCAAUCCUACUGUGCUUCCUUAUUCAUUGAGCUUGGUCCCGUUAAGUCCUGCUUAA